AUGAAUGUGAGGGAAGAUGAAAAGUCCAAAGCUGAGGACAAAAGUUCAAAAGUACCGCGAAGUCAUGAGAUCGUGGAGAGAGAUUUAAGCAUGCCAGCUAAGCUUUUCCACCAAAAAGCUAAUUGGAGCUUUUGGACAAGCUUGACACCACCUGCAGCAUCUCCCGCAGGAUUGAAGCAGCAUUACUACGACUCUGUUCACGACUAUGACGGCCCUAAGCAGUUUCUCCCCCAGAAUCGUGCUACACUGAGACAGUGUGGCUGGUGGGAAGUUUUGGCCUCCCGCCCGCGCCUAUGGAAGCAUGCGUAUGUCGAGGUACGCCUCAGUUCAUUCAAACCUGGCUGA